CUCUAAGAAAUUAUCCACGUAACAAUUUCGCAUGACUUAAUUGCAGUUUUAAUUUCGCUGCGAUUUGUAAUUCUUCAAUUGCUGCAAUUGGAUAAAGGGGAAUAUCCUGAAAAUUAGUGAUCAGCUCACGUCAACUUGACAAACUGUCAAAGUUUUUUUAGCCCCGUAUGAAGCUCACUUGAAAAAUGGCAGAUUCAGAGUUAUCCCGCGCACUUAAGGAUCUGCCCUACAGACUCCAAACGUCCAGUCUGAAGGAACGCAAAGAGGUUAUACAGAAUGUCAUAGCUGUGCUCCAGAAUCCUGGUAUCACUGAAAAUGUGGUCAAAGGUGUUUGCAAGAUUGUACAGAGUGUGCUGCCCAGGUACAGAGAUAAUCCAUCGCAUCGAAGCAUAAGGAAUCUGUGCUCAGAACUGGUGAAACAUCAUCCACAAUGGACCUUAAACAAUCUUACACAAGUUAUAUUGGAUGUAGGCAUGCAGCACAAGAAUCUGGUUGCUACUGCGAACACGGCGCAGACCUGCCUCUACACCCUGCAGCUUUCCUGCGAUCUGAUGGGAAAGAUGUACACGACGGACACGACGCACUCUCACACCAAGGAUUUGGUCGAAGCCCAGAUGUACCUGGUUUCGGGAAUCCUUGCAUCCGGAGUCCAAAAGAAAAUCAGAAGAGCUUCAAUGGCGGUUACAGAAACUUUCAUCGCUGUACCGGAAUGCAAGAAAUACUACUUGGAGACAGUAAAAUCAUUCGAACCGACCCGUUUUGUACCUAUUUUUGGAGCAUUCCUCUGCAAACUGCUGGAGGAUAAACCUGAUCUUCUCGUCGAAUACAUUCCAGGAUUCUUGGAUGCAUUUAUCAAGAGCAUGGUCAGCGUUAAGGUGAAGCCCGAUAAGGCGCAUAUCAUUGGCUGCUAUCCGCUGCUGAAGAUCACAACUCACGAACAGUUCAAAGGAUCUUUACUGCCGGCUUUGCAGAAGUCUAUGCUACGUAGCCCUGAAGUUAUCUUGGAGUGCGUGGGUUUGGUUAUCACUGGUCUCAAUCUGGACCUCAGUCCUUACGCCAUGGAUUUGGGGAAGAGCCUCAUAGCUAAUCUCCAUUCUAAGGACGACACGGCAAGGCGGGAGUCUGCAGACGCAUGUCGGAGGUUGGCGAAGCAGAUCUGCGAUUUGGCAGCAGUCGAAGCUCUGCUCAAGCAAACCUUUGCAGUGUUCAAUGGCUCCGAUGGAAAGUUAACGGUCCUCGAGCAUAAGAUGAGUGUUUUAGAGGGCGCCGGCAAUUUCAGCUACAACAAAAUCUUCGGGGAAAACGCGCUGAAGGCUGCCUCGACUGCUGUAGACCACUUCGCCAAGGCUCUCGAGAUCGAGGUCCACGAGAAAGUCCUCUGCUACGCCCUCGAGAUGCUCUCGCUGUGGACGUGCAAGUUCGAUAAGGUUUUGCCCAAGAGACUGCUGGAUUGCUUCAAGAAUGGUAUGAGCUCGAAGACUUCUACGCCUUUGGUGAGGACGACGAAUAUCCAAUGCAUGCUGGCAUCGUUCCAAGAAUCUUCGAUCGGACAAGCAGCACCUCUUGUACCCAUCCUCCUCAAGACCAUCGAGAAGGCUGUUUCUCAGCCGUUGCUGGCUGCUGCUGUCACGGAGGGUCUUUACGCUGCGAAUAUGGUGUUAAAGGUUCUGGCGUCGCAGGGAGAGAAGGAGAACAAUCUGCAGGUGCUGUGGAAUGCCGUUAGCGACGUUGAAAAGCAACUAUUCAUCUCCGAUAAAUUCCUUGCCGGUGCUUCCGAAGAAUCUUUGGUUAUGGUGAUGCAAUUGUGUGAGCAUAUGCUUAUCGAAUAUCCUAGUAGGAUCAGCGGGAAAACGCAACCCUUCCACAAGGCAAUUUUGAAGUGUCUCUGCUAUAAGAACUACGAGACUCGCAAGAGGUGUAUUUCAAUGCUGAAGAGGAUAGUUUCUGGUUUAGGAGGAACACAGAUCGCUCACGAUUUGCUGCACGAAUUUGCAGUCAUGUUGGAAUCCUCCUCAUUUUCGACUAAAAGCGAAGCAGGUGAAAUUGUGGAGUUGUCGCCUCAUAUUGUGAUGGAAUGCAUCACGACUUUGUGUUCUGCCAGUAACCUGAGCGUCGAUGAUGCCCAGAUGUUGGCUUUGGCAGCUUUGCUUCCAGCCCAUCAUCCAUCGGUGGUGCAGAUAGCGCCUGAGCUCUGGUCGAAAGUGGUCAAGUUUAUGAAACUCGAUCCGUCUGAGUUUACCAUCAAAAAUUAUAAACAACUCCAGACCAUUUUACACGACAAUUAUACAGUUUCAGAAAGUUACGAGAACGCUCUAUCGACGAUUGCGCAAUUUAACGGCCCAGCUUUUAUACCGAGACUGGUUGAAAGUGCUAUAGCCGAUCUUAAAGACGAAGCCUUGCUGAAGGUGACCAAAGACGAUUACUUCACAUACCUGACACCGGAAGGGGAGCUUUACGAUAAAAGUGUUAUUCCAGGGGACGAAUCUAACAAUGAGUUGAAUAUGAAGCGUGAGAGCAAAGCUUACAGUUUCAAAGAGCAGCAGGAAGAGUUACAGCUCCGAAGAGAGUUGGAGGAGAAGAAGAGAAGAGAGGGUAAACUGAAGGCGCCUCAGCUAACGCCGAAGCAGUUGGAAGCCAUCAAGAAUCAGAAGGUGAAAGAGCAAGCUAUUAGAGAGGAUUUGACAAAGAUGAAUGCUAAAGUGGAGAAGAUAGUGUCGGCAAUUCGCGCUGUAGCUAAGGGAAAUCCUCAACAAUUAUCUUAUCAUUACAAGGAUUUGAUUCCCGUUCUUCUAACUUAUUGCAAAUCUCCAUUGGCGGCUCCUCAGUUAACAGAUUUGUUCGUUAGCUUGAGGGAGACUGUCUUCGAAGGACGGCGUCUUCUCCUGUCGGAUGUCAUCGCACACGUUACAUUGCGUUUGCUGAAGCCGCAAUGCGAUUUAUCUUCAUGUUGGGAGGAAGAAGACCUAACGAAGGCUAUGAUUAGGACUAUCGAGAUCAUCCACAAAGAGACUGUUAAGAAGCACGAUGCCGAUGAACACGAUCAAGCGAUGAGGAGUCACUUUGAUGCUCCUGCUUUCGCUUAUAUUUUCCCGUUGAUUAAAGCUUGUCUGACUUCCAAGCAGGCCAAGAAGGACGAAAAUAUUAUUCACGUGGGUCUGCAGAUCAUAUCCGAGCACGCUAAAAUGCGCGGAAGGAUUGCCGACGAGGACAACGAUGUCUUCCAUCCGAAGCUGUUGCCUAGAAAGAACAUGUUCGAGUUGCUCAUCGAUUUGAUCAGUUCUACAUCUGGUAGAAUCCAAAGCCAAGCAGUUGCCACCCUUCUGGACGUGGCGUCUUCAGCUAGCGGGGCUCCAACGUGUUCCGUGGCCACUUUGGAUGAGAUUUCAGUGCUAAUGAGUGCGUUGCAGAGCCCUGCCAGCGUGGUAAGGGAUUCUGCCUUACGGGGUUUGACAAUUAUUAAGAGUUCCAUCCCAACAUACGAAAUUAAUUACGAUGAAGCUGUUACUAUCAGCAAGAGGAUCUGGAUUUCUAAGUUUGACGUUGAUGAAGCGAAUAGGGAUUUGGCUAAUAAACUUUGGGAGGAUGCAAACUUGUCCUUCCCGGCGGAUCUGAACGAGGAAUUGAUCCGUGACAUCGAACACCCAGUAGAGUGCAUCCAGGUGUCCGCCGCUGAAGCUCUUGCCGUCUUAAUCACGGACAACAAGCAUUACGUAGCGCCGCUUCUUCAGAGGCUCAUGAAGUUGUAUAGGCAGCGCUUAACAAUGAUUCCACCCAAGGUGGAUGAAUUCGGAAGGGAAGUGGAGAAAUCCAUCGACACGUGGUCGCCGCGUCGCGGUGUUGCUUUGGCCUUGACUCAGUUGGCUCCGCUUUUAGAUUACGACGUUAUCGGCACUUUGGUAGAGUUCUUCGUCUCAACAUCAUUGGCAGAUAGAAAGGAGAACGUACGCAAGGAGAUGCUCAACGCAUGCCUUAAAGUUGUAGAUCUGCACGGCAAGGACACCGUGUCUACGCUUCUGCCCGUCUUCGAGAACUUUAUGGACAGAUCAUCAAAAUCCGCUUCUUACGAUCACGUCAAACAGGCAGUGGUUAUCCUGAUGGGAUCCCUUGCCAGGCAUUUGGAAAAGGACGACGCCAGGAUCAAGCCUAUCGUGCAGCGACUCAUACAAGCCCUAUCAACGCCUUCUCAACAGGUGCAGGAAGCGGUGGCCAAUUGUCUGCCACAUCUAGUGCCCUGCGUCAAGGAGGAGGCGCCCGGUUACAUCAACAAGGUGCUUCACCAGCUCCUUAAGGGCGACAAGUACGGUGAUAGAAAGGGAGCUGCGUAUGGACUUGCCGGUCUGGUUAAAGGCAUGGGCAUCUUAGCGCUCAAGCAGCUGGACAUCAUGACCAAAUUGACGGAGGCCAUCCAGGACAAAAACAACUACAAGCAUCGUGAAGGUGCACUGUUCGCUUUCGAAAUGCUCUUCCAGAUGUUGGGAAAACUCUUCGAGCCCUACAUAGUGCACGUGCUGCCCCAUCUGCUCCUGUGCUUUGGCGAUACCAGUCAGUACGUGAGAAACGCCACCGACGAUACCGCAAAAGUUGUCAUGAGCAAACUCUCCGGGCACGGUGUGAAAUUGGUUUUACCAUCGUUAUUAGCUGCGCUCGAAGACGACUCCUGGAGAACCAAGACCGGUUCCGUUGAGCUUUUAGGGGCUAUGGCUUAUUGUGCCCCAAAACAAUUGUCCUCUUGUCUUCCGAGUAUUGUUCCUAAAUUGAUAGAAGUGCUUAGUGAUUCACACAUGAAAGUUCAAGAAUCUGGAGCCGAAGCUCUCCGAGUUAUUGGCUCUGUUAUUCGAAAUCCCGAAAUUCAAGCAAUUGUACCUGUGUUGCUACUGGCUUUGCAGGAUCCUUCGCACAAGACGUCUGCGUGUCUUCAAACUCUGUUGGACACGCAAUUCGUGCAUUUCAUCGAUGCUCCAUCUUUAGCUCUUAUCAUGCCUGUGGUCCAAAGAGCAUUCAUGGACAGAUCGACUGAGACACGUAAGAUGGCCGCACAGAUCAUUGGAAAUAUGUACUCCUUGACAGAUCAGAAAGAUCUGAUGCCAUAUCUACCAACCAUUAUUCCGGGUCUUAAGACCUCUCUGUUAGAUCCGGUGCCGGAGGUGAGGAGCGUUAGCGCUAGAGCUUUAGGAGCGAUGGUCCGAGGCAUGGGAGAGUCCAGUUUCGAAGACCUGCUACCAUGGCUGAUGCAGACACUCACUUCCGAGAGCAGCUCCGUCGACAGAUCAGGAGCUGCCCAAGGCCUGUCCGAGGUCGUAGGCGGCCUCGGCGUAGAGAAGCUUCAUAAGCUGAUGCCCGAAAUCAUCGCAACUGCUGAGCGCACCGACAUAGCACCGCAUGUUAAGGACGGCUACAUCAUGAUGUUCAUCUACAUGCCUGUAGUGUUCCAGUCCGAGUUCACACCUUACAUAGGUCAGAUCAUCAAUCCUAUCUUGAAGGCGUUGGCCGACGAGAACGAGUACGUGCGUGACACGGCCCUUAAGGCCGGACAGAGGAUCGUCACGCUGUACGCAGAUUCCGCCAUCCUCCUUUUACUUCCCGAGCUCGAACGUGGCUUAUUCGAUGAUAACUGGAGGAUCCGUUACAGUUCUGUGCAACUGUUGGGAGAUCUGCUGUACAGGAUAUCCGGUGUGACCGGAAAAAUGAGCACAGAAACGGCCAGCGAAGACGACAACUUCGGUACAGAACAAUCCCAUUUGGCCAUCAUUUCAUCGUUGGGCGAUGAGAGGCGCAACAGGGUGUUAGCUGGCCUGUACAUGGGUCGCUCCGAUGUCGCUCUGAUGGUGAGACAAGCAGCACUGCACGUAUGGAAGGUCGUAGUUACAAACACGCCGAGGACGCUCCGGGAGAUCCUGCCGACGUUAUUCGGUCUCCUCUUGGGUUGUCUUGCGAGCGACAGUUACGACAAGAGGCAAGUGGCCGCUAGAACUUUGGGUGAUUUGGUGCGAAAACUAGGAGAAAGAGUGUUACCCGAGAUCAUACCGAUCCUGGAGCGCGGUUUGCAGUCGGAGAGAGCGGACCAGAGGCAAGGAGUUUGCAUUGGUUUAUCAGAGAUCAUGGCGUCAACAUCCAGAGAAAUGGUACUGACGUUCGUCAAUUCGCUGGUGCCGACAGUGCGAAAGGCCCUUUGCGAUCCGCUGCCGGAGGUGCGAGAAGCUGCGGCGAAGACUUUCGACAGCCUCCAUUCCACUGUGGGAACCAAAGCGCUGGAUGAUAUCUUACCAUCGAUGCUUAACCAAUUGAACAACGCUGACGCCGAGUUGGCCGAAUGGACUUUGGACGGUCUCCGGCAAGUGAUGGCUAUUAAAUCGCGUGUAGUUUUACCGUAUUUGGUGCCUCAAUUGACCGCACCACCUGCAAACACCAAAGCCCUCUCUAUCCUGGCUUCCGUCGCCGGAGAUUCCCUGAACAAAUACCUUCCGAAGAUUUUGCCAGCCUUGCAAACGGCUUUGGCCUCAUCCAAUGGAACACAAGAUGAGACUCAGCAAUUGGAGUAUUGUCAAGCUGUUAUUCUCUCCGUCGUCGAUGAUGCUGGAAUUCGCACGGUCAUCGACACCCUCCUGGAAAGCACCAAGCACGAAUCGGCGGAUCAGAGGAGGGCCGCAGCGACUUUGCUGUGCGCCUUCUGCGCCAAUUCCAGGGCUCAAUACAUAUCGCAUGUACCUCAAUUGUAUAGAGGUUUGAUUCAUCUGUGCAUCGAUACCAACAAGGAGGUGCUGCAGAUGACCUGGGAGGCGUUGAACGCCAUCACCAAAUCUCUGGAUGCCAAGCAGCAGUCGACGUACGUGUCUGACGUGCGGCAGGCGGUGCGCUAUGCUGUUUACGAUAUUAAGGGUUCGAGUGAUCUUCUGCCAGGCUUCUGCCUUCCCAAGGGCAUCGCUCCUAUUCUCCCGAUAUUCCGCGAAGCUAUCCUCAACGGGGAUGGAGACGAGAAGGAAGCUGCGGCUCAAGGCUUAGGGGAGGUCAUCAAGUUGACGAGCGCUCCUGCAUUGCAAUCGAGCGUCGUCGCUAUAACCGGUCCGCUCAUCAGGAUAUUGGGCGACCGGUUCAAUCCCAACGUGAAAACAGCAGUCCUCGAAACGUUGGCUAUACUCUUAGCUAAGGUUGGAGUCAUGCUCAAGCAGUUCUUGCCACAGCUGCAAACUACAUUCGUGAAAGCUCUUAACGAUACCAAUCGGGUGGUGCGCCUGAAAUCUGCCAACGCUCUCAGCUAUCUGAUACUCAUCCACCAACGUCCGGAUCCGCUCUUCACCGAGUUGCAUAAUUCCAUCAAAAACACCGACGAUGUUUCCAUUAGGGAAACAACGUUGCAUGCACUGCGUGGAAUCAUUUCACCAGCCGGUGAUAAGAUGACGGAAGUUAUUAGGAAGCAGAUUCAUCAGACUUUGGUUGGAAUGAUGGGUCAUCAGGAGGACGUGACCAGGGCGUGCGCUUCCGGUUGUUUAGGAGCACUUUGCAAAUACCUAUCACCGGAACAGUUGGCUGCGACAUUAUCGGAACAUCUGUUGUGUGAUGACAUUAACGCCGAAUGGACCUUGCGUCACGGCCGUAGCGCGGCCCUUGCUGUGACCUUGAAGGAAUGCCCGGAGAUCAUCUGGGAUGACAAAUUUAAGCCCAAGGUGGAGAAGACGUUGCUGAGCCUUUUGGCCGCCGAUAAGGUUCAAAUCACCAUGACCGGUAUCAGAUCUUGCGGUUACCUGCUUCAAUACCUGAUGUCCAAUGGUCACCCUCUGCCGUUGAACGUUAUCGGUCCAUUCGUCAAGACUAUGAACAACAGCAAUAAUGAAGUGAAGCAAUUGCUCGCUAGAGUGUGCAUCCAUCUGGCUAAGAACAUACCAUCGGAGAAAAUGGCUCCAGAACUGCUGAGGUUGCUGUUGCCGAUGCUGGUGAACGGCACCAAAGAGAAGAACAGUUAUGUAAAGGCUAACUCCGAACUGGCAUUGAUCGCGGUCCUAAAGCUGAAGGAAGGCGAUGAAGUCAGUCAGAAAUGCCUGAACAUCUUGGAUUUGGGAGCAAGGGAAUCGCUGUCCGAUGUGGUCAGUAAGGUACUGAAGAAGAUCCUGCAUCAGCCAGAGGGCAAGGAAGAGGAGCUGGACGAUACGCUAUUGACUUGAUCAUACUGGUUUAGAAACGGACUGAAUUCUACGUGUACCCGUUUGAUCCCCUUCAUUUUAAUAUGUAUUUACGUGUAUCCUGUGUACAUUUAUUACGUUGAUAGUUUUAAUAAUUGGAGAUAUUUUGAUACUACUUUGUCGUCCCUUCGUGAUUCUGUUUGGUGCGAACGUUCCAUUUUCGACUCAUCCCCAUUGUGUAAUAAAUGUUAUAUAAAUAUAAACAA